UCUUGUCAAAAAUUAAAUAUUGUACUUGUAUAGAUCAUCGCGGAAAGAAAACUUUAUCACGAACGCACCAAUGACCGAUACUUAAAAAACCUUGAAAGUAACAAAGAGACAGAAAAUUUCGAAGUGUUUGGAAAUACGUAAGAGAUCAGAGCUUCUAAUUUAGUUUGGCUGCGCAAUUAAUUUAAUAUUAUACAUUAUGCUUGCAUUAUUUAUAUUAAACACAUAAUCACAUGUAAUAAUACAACAUACGUUUGCUGUAAAAUUAAAUCAUUAUUAUUUGUAAUAAAGUUUGAAUUUUAAACAAGAACUGUUAUUGUAUAACUAAAGUGUGGCAUGUAAAGGUGAAAUUGUAAUUAAUAUGCUUUUUUUAGUUAAAAAAAGUAGGCUAGCCAUGUUGGACCUUUUAAUAGCGGCAUCUCGAGAACAUUCUCUAACUGAUUUGGAUAUCAGAGAAGAAGUUGACACUUUCAUAUUUGCAGGUCAUGAUACUACAGCGUCGGGCAUAAUGUUUGCUUUACUACUCUUAGCUGAGCAUAAAGAUAUCCAGGAGCGUGUGAGGACUGAAGUCGAUACUGUGAUGCAAGAGAAUGGAGGAAAACUUAAUAUGAAGUCAUUACAAAAUUUAUCAUAUUUAGACAGAUGUUUAAAGGAAGCGUUACGUUUAUAUCCCAGCGCAUCUUUGAUAUUACGCAAGACUGGGGAUGCUGUAAAAUUACAAUCAUAUAUCGUACCCGCUGGAACGACCGUACUUCUUAAUAUCUACGGAGUUCACAGAGAUCCCAAUUUUUGGCCAAAUCCAGAUAUAUUUGAUCCGGACAGAUUCUUGCCCGAAAGGAUAAAGAAUCGUCAUCCUUAUUCUUAUAUACCAUUCAGCGCAGGACCAAGAAAUUGCAUAGGUCAACGUCUCGGUUUACUGAUGAUGAAAGCUAUGAUAGCUCUUUUGAUACAUAAUUUUUACUUGGAACCUGUUGAGUAUUUAAAAAAUAUUCGAUUAUUGUUGGAUUUAGUAAUACGUCCUGCUCAUCCGGUUCAUAUAAGAUUCAUCCCGAUCAAAUGCAAACAGCCGUUUAAAAAUAACGUGGAUAUUGCAAAAGUGUAACAAGAUAAUGCAGUGGGAACAAUCGAAGAAAAUUGUUAUGCAUAUUAUACGUUCAACAUUAUGAGGAAAAUAUUGUGUAAAGUUUAGCAUUAAGUUUAAUUAUUAAAAUAUAUACAUAAAAAUCUUAUAAAUCAGAACUCUAAGUACCCAAAUUUAACUUAUGUAAGGAUCCUCUAUCAUGUGCAAUCACAAUAAAAACGUUUAUCCAUAAAAUAUA